UAUAUAUCAAGAAUGCAAUUAGGGAUAAAAAGAAGAAGAAGAUUAAGAAGAAGAAGAAGAAGAAGAAGGGGAAGAUAAUCGAGUUAGAUCUUUGGAUCUUUCACGCGAAAGUGCCACCACUGGAAAGGUAGUACGAUAUAAAGGAUUGACUAAUCCGAGGGAUAUUGAGAAAGACGCGGUUUAAAGUGGAACCAAAUUUUUCUAUUGAAAAUAUUUUCUUUGAGAAAGAAUAUUAAACAAGAACAAAGCGUAAAAAAGAAACUCAAACACAUCUCAAAAAGAUGCGUUAACUAUCCAAAAAUGCGAUAAAAAUCAAACAAUAACAAGAGAAUAUAAUAUAAUAUAGAUAAUAUAGAAGGAGCGAAAGAAAAAUAUCUUUCUUAAAUAUUAUUAAUAAAAAAAUCAUUAUUUGUUUACCUCUAUCUUAUCUCCACCCCGAACAAUUUAAAAUUGAAAGUAUUGUUGUAUUUUAUCGAUAGAAAAAAGAAAAAGAACUAACAAUGGCGGAAGAAACAUUUCGUCGCAAAACUCGAUCGGCCUCGAUUUGUGCACCUGGUUUUUCCAGUAUGGAACAAAUGUUAGGUACCAUACCACCUUCAGGAGCUAAGGAAAGAGAUAAGAGCGAUCGUGAAAGAGACAGUGGUAGCGGUACUCCUGAUAGUAAUACACCAACCCGAAGACGAAGACCAGCAACGAGAUCUCAAAGCGCCAGAGUUUCCGGAGCAAGUAAAAGUAUUCGACGCAGGGCGGCACAAGCAGCAGAUCAGCAUCAUCUUCAUCACCAUGAGGGUAGCGUUAAAUCUCCCCAUUGCAGUAGCGAACCCAAAUUAACGAACGCCGAUGUUAGUCCAGCAUGCAGAAGAAGGGGAAGUAGAAGAGGUCAAAGUAUGCAUCAUGCUCAACAAAAGAAAAGCAACGACUUCCUUGACGUUCCCGUAGCAUCUAUGCAAUUAUCACCAAGAGAAGGUGAAGAUGAGGAUAGUUAUAGGCUUCGAAGCUUUAGUCUAACGAGAAAAGGUGUUAUAAACAGAGGGGACUCUUUUAAACGAAGAAGAUCACGAUCGAAUUCUUUGGCACCUGCGGAACAGGAAACGGAAGAAACAAAUACCAUGCCACCGAAGGAGGUCAUAUCAUAUAACGUAGCCAUUUUGGGAGCAAGGAGAGUUGGAAAAACAGGCUUGAUUAGCCAAUUCAUGACAAGUGAAUGUAUCAAUGCCUAUGAUAGGCAAAGAGAUGUCCCAAGCGAACAAUCCGUUUUUGUGAAACUUGAUGGAGAGGAAAGUGAAUUGAUAUUUUUAAAUAUUCCCAAUCCAAAGACGGAAUUGGAGAAGAUACCACCUCCUGAUGCUUUCGUAGUGAUGUAUUCAGUAAUAGACAAGGCAUCCUUUCAAAGAGCAGAACAAUACUUGGCUUACCUUCGUGAUCAAGAUCUUGGUAAACCGGUCAUUCUCGUGGGUAAUAAGGUUGAUCUAGCACGUUCUCGAGUCGUUCCAUACUCAGACGGCAAGGAUAAGGCUUGUAAGUAUCGUGCAAAGUUCAUCGAGGUAUCGGUUGGUAUAAAACACAACGUCGACGAAUUAUUGGUCGGUAUAUUGAAACAAAUACGGCUAAAAAUUGAUCAAGGCCAAUUGGAAAAUCAAAGUGGUGGUAAUACUGCGAGCGAGGGAAGUGGUCAUUGGUAUAAUAAAUCUGGAGUUGUGGUGCGAGCUAGCAUGAAAGCUAAACAAAUGUUAAAUUCGCUCUUUAGAAGAGAUGAUAGCAAAUUUAAAAACUGCGAGGAUCUUCAUGUGUUAUAAACUAAUCAAAAAAAAAUAAAAGGAAAUAAAAAGGACAAACAUUUUUAUGGGAAUUGGAAGUAGAAGAGAGGGUGCCUCUUUAUCUUCUUGGUGGAUACAUAUAUAUAUAUAUUAAACGUUACAUAAUAAUUUACAAGUGUUACAAAGGAACAUUAAUUUGGGAUAGUGCGAAUAAUAAAAAUAAAAAAAAUAGAUAUAUAAAGGAAAGGAAGAAACAAAAUAUAUAUAUAUAUAUAUAUAUAUAAAUAUAUAAAUAAAUAAGAAUAUAUGUCGCUGAUAACAGCCAAACGAAAGAUGCAUUUUUAUAUUAUAAUCCAAGUGCCAAUCUGUUCGUUUCAAAUGAGUUUUCUUUCUUUCUUUUUUUCAAUCGAGUGUGUCAAUCGUUGACUCUCACCUCCCACGAGAGAGAUUAAUUUCGUUUGAUUUAAAUCGACGCUUAGCGAACAUAUUCUGUGACGUUAAAUAUUAAAAUAAUCUUCUCGUUAAUCACUGUGUUCCGUGGUUAUUAUUAUAAAUAUAUAUAUAUAUAUUUAUAUAAUUGUAAGAUUUUUUUAGGAUAUAAGCUGUAUUAUAUUAUAUUAUAUACAUAAUAUACGAAACGUAGUUUUUCUCUUUCGAAGAUUUUGAUUUUCAACGAGAAAACUAACGAUUCGGUGUCGACCAAAGAAAAAAUUAAUAAAUAAAUA